UGCAAGUAUGGCGACUCGCUGGAAGGCUGUGUUGGCGUUGUGCGUUCUCUGCUGUGAAACGCAGCUUGGAACCUCCGCGGUUCACAGGGAUAGAACGAUUUUAACCAAAGUGUCACUCCUAGAAGAGGAAAUCACUGAUAUCAGAAGCCGCAUGGAUCGAAUCGACCGAAAACGGAAAACGGAUUUACAGAUAUUCCGCAAUGACUUAACCCUCCAUCUUGAGGGUGUUGUCCCCGACGUGAUGUCAAGGGUGAUUGAGGAAAUGGCGAAAGCUGGAACAAUACAAGGACUAAUAGAAGGGACCGUCCAUACAAAGGUACAGUCCGUUGAACAACAACUACAACAACUGAAGACGUUGGCUUUGAAUUCCAUCAAAACUAAACCACCUGUUCCUGCGAAAGUAGGGACGUUGGAUUCUAACAAACCUACUCGGAAAACGUUCGGAAAGCGUUUCAAACGAUACGAUAAGAUUAUCAAAGAGCUUAAAGCUGAUGGUGAUAAGCAGAAAGUGAUGAUAAACGAACUGCAUUCGGCUCUGGCGGAACAGAGGAUGUUGCUGGAGGUACUGAGAAUGGACAUGGAGAAGAUGACCUCAAGGUCAGGCAGCACGACCAAGCCGGGAUCUGAAACUGUGACGUCAUACAGUACUCUGACGACUAAAGGGCUAAAUACUGGACCCUCCAUUAAAGUCGUCAUGGCGAAAAGGGGGAGUACCGCUAUCCUGCCAUGCUCUGUUGCCAGCCAAACGGAUUCAUAUAGAUUGUGGAGUUUUAAAGCAACUACACUCUAUACCUGGAACCGCUUCUCAAGCUUGGCACUUACAUCUGACCGUCGCUUGUCCAUCGACAGGGGCUAUAGCAGUGAAUGGAAUCUGAGGAUCCGAGACAUUAGAAUAAGUGAUGAUGGGAUGUACCUCUGUAGCAACAAUGACGGCGACAAGCAAGCUGUGAAGCUGCUAGUACGACAAUGAUUCACGAUGGCAGAAAUGUGUGGACUUCGCCUUCAUGACUGUGCUCUGAGGCAAAAUUAACAUUUCUCAGAAGCACAUUAUUUUUAGGAAAUUCUUUUAUCACUUGUUUGUAUAAAGUUCGGCCAAGUACAUUUUGUGGGGAAAGGACAAUUUGAGGUGGGAGGUGUGUUUUUUUCUCUUAUACCCGAAUACCUAUUUAAAGACAUCUGUGUAUCCAGGUCCGAAUCUUGACCAGUAAUUUGUAAUGCAGUUUGACUAUUGGUCGAUCUUUAAUGUCUUAUAAUAUCUUUAUUUUUAUUUUCCAGUUAUAAAAAUACAUUUAAUAUGA